AUGGCAUUGAAUCCUAAACGAAGGAUACAACAUUCGUUUGGCGAACGUUUGCAAAUUGUGCAGAAGCUGAACGACGGUGCGACUGUUGCUCAGCUCGCAGCUGAAUAUAGCGUCAAUAAGAGAACUAUCUAUCGAUAUCGAAAGAACGCAGCAUCGCUUCGACAAGUCUCGGAAAGGCUGAACUCUAUGGAUUUCAAAAAAAGACCUACGGUACAAUACAAAGAUGUAGACGCCCGGCUACACACGUGGGUCUUAGAAAGACGUGCAUUAGGAGACAAAAUAACCGAUAGUAUUAUGCAGGAGAAAGCUAAAGAAUUGCACGACGAAUUUGGUGGUACAUCGAAUUUUGCAGCUAGCCGCGGUUGGCUCGAAUGUUUCAAAAGGAGACACGGUAUAGGACGUAGGGGCUAUCGAAAAAAGGGGUCCGAAGCAAACGAAUCAACUACGAAUAGACUUAUAGACGAAUUAGCGGGUGUAUUGUUCCAAAAAGACGUUUACGAAGAAAAUGUCUAUAAUAUGACUGAAACGAGUUUAAUGUGGAGAGUUCUUCCGCAAAGAAUAUUUGCUGACGAAGAACGGCCGGCGGAUGAGAAGAGAAUGAAAACAGAACGCGUUACCGUGGCGCUUUGUGCUAAUAUCACUGGCACGCACAAACUGCCGCUACUUUUUAUCAAUAAAUACCCAAAUCCGAGAGCUUUGAAGCACUGCCGACACAUUUUGCCGGUAGUGUACAAAAGUCAAUAUAACGCUUGGAUGGACGAAGAUAUUUUCAACGAUUGGUAUACCAAUCAUUUCAUGCCCACCGUUUGGCAGCAUCAAGCACAGGGGCGACGAAUGGGAAAAGUGAUACUGUUGGUUGACAGCGGUUGGGAAGAUAUACUUUCUCAACAAACAGAGGAAGAUUCCCAGGCGAAAAUAAUUUUUUUACCACCCGAUAGGACUUCGAUGGGUCGGAGUGUCGUUACCGAAUGUAAACAUCUGUUUCGACACAAAUUACUCUAUCGGGUAUUUCGGUGUUACGAUGGAGUUAGGCAAUUUUACGCGGAUUACGAUAUAAAAGACUGUAUUGAUUUAAUUAGCGACUCGUGGAAUGACGUAACGGCGGCGAACAUUAAGAAUUCGUGGGGGAAACUUUUGAGUCAAUCACCCACGACCGAAGACUUUGAAAAGCAGGAUUUUACGGGCAAUAUUCAACAGGAGUCCGAACAAUUCGCGAUAAACAUUCCAUUCGAAGAAAUAAAGGAAUGGAUUUCUGAGUGCGAGCAAGCAGAGUCGUCUGCCACAGAAGAGGACACGGUCGAAGGACCACAUUGUGGAAUAGAAGAAGAAGAAAUCGAUCAUACAUUUAAUAACUUGGCGAUGUGGGCGGAAACGGAACCUAAAGUUAUUAACGUUCAUACACAGUAUAAAGGACAAUGUAAACUGGACCUGCGUCAGCUUGACAGACAAUAUUUGUUGGAGGCCUCGGAACAUACGCUGCUAUUAGUUGCCCCCUGGUGGCAAGUCUAA